AUGGAGGACAAAAACAUCGUCGACGUCUUUAAACGCGCUUGGACGUCAUGGAAGAACGAGUGUGCCUUCCACCUCAAGCGCAGAGUGCUCGUAACUUUCGGCAAGAAGGUGGAAGGCGUGCGUGCCCGCGAUCUUUGGAUGGGCACCAAGAAGAAGAAGAAGAUGUGGAAAAAAUACCAACCGACAAUACGUUGGUUGUUCUCCCACUCUCCCCUUCUCUCGCCCCCCCUUCAAUCUCCCGCCCUCCCCUUCUCUCCCGCCCUACCCUUCUCUCCCGCCCCCCUUUUAAUCUCCCGCCCUCCCCUUCUCUCCCGCCCUCCCCUUCUCUACCGCCCUCCCCUUCUCUCCCGCCCUACCCUUCUCGCUCGCCCCCCCUUUAAUCUCCCGCCCUCCCCUUCUCUACCGCCCUCCCCUUCUCUCCCGCCCUCACCUUCUCUACCGCCCUCCCCUUCUCUAUCACCCUCCCCUUCUCUUUCGCCCUCCUCUCCCGCCCUCCCCUUCUCUCCCGCCCUUCCCGAAAUCUCCCGCCCUCCCCUUCUCUCCCUAAACCCCUUCGCUCCCGCCCUCCCCUUCUUUCCCGCCCUCCCGCCCUCCCUCCAUUCAUUCUAUACCGCCCUCCUCUUCAUCAAUACCCUAUGGACAACCCCUAACCAUGCCAUGCAUGAUCACGCAUGUCACAUGCUGCCACGCAUUGUCAUGCGUGCACGCAGGAAGGAAUCAGCGGGUCAGCUCAUAGACCAGGGCUUGGCAAAGGUUAAGAAGAUUGACUUGAACGUCUCCAACUCCCACCAGAAAAACACUGAAUGGAUGACGGGUUUGCACCGUGAUGUGCGGUGGAUCAUCAAAGACCACUUUAGACGCCACACCCCCGUGUACAACACAGACGUGCAGGGCUUCAAGUGGGGCGACCGUGGGCUGUAUGUUCACGAGUCAGAAUUUGAGGCGUUCCAGGGGACGGCCGAGCCUGAUGAGGAGAGGAAGGACCUGAAGGAGGAAGAGCAAGAGGUGUACGACAGGGAGGACAUGGAGACGGAUGACGAGGAGAAGGAGGAGGAGGAGGAGGAGGAGGAGGAGGAGGAGGAGGAGGAGGAGGAGGAGGAGGAGGAGGAGGAGGAGGAAGAGGAGGAGGAGGAGGAGAAACACAUGGGGGGCAGCAAGAGAGGCAAAAGAGUGGAGUCAGCAUGGGGGGCAGCAGGAGAGGCAAAAGAGUGGAGUCAGCAUGGGAGGCAGCCCCACGGCAAAAGAGUGGAGUCAGCAUGGGGGGCAGGAGAGGCAAAAGAGUGGAGUCAGCAUGGGGGGCAGGAGAGGCAAAAGAGUGGAGUUAGCAUGGGGGGCAGCAGGAGAGGCAAAAGAGUGGAGUCAGCAUGGGGGGCAGCAGGAGAUGCAAUGUGA